AUGGCCCCCAAACUCACAGAAGAAGAGAUCGAUGAUCUCAUUUACUUUUCCCGAGCCGGAGAGCAGGAGGACUUGACAGAGACCAUCAAGUCCCUGGCUGAGCGUGAGAACGCCAGCCCUGCUGAGAUUGUUGCGGCUGCUCAAGAUGCUUCCAACAAGUCUACAUGCUUGCAUAUGGCGACAGGAAACGGUCAUCUAGAAAUCGUUCGCCAACUCAUCUCAUACUUCGACAACCGACCAAAGGAGCAGAAGCAAGCCUUCCUCGAUGAAUCGAACGAGGCUGGCAACACCGGUCUUCACUGGGCAGCCCUAGGUGGCCAUCUCGACGUCAUCAAGCUGCUUCUCGAGCAAGGUGCUUCUCCUGCGCUUGCAAACGAGCAGAACUACGUUCCUUUGGACUUGGCUUACUUCAACCACAAGAACGACGUGGCCGAGUACUUUUUGUCCCAGGCUAAGAAGCUGGAGGAUAAGAACCAAGAGGAGGGUGGCUUGGAUGCUGCUGUUGGAUCUGUUGAGAUUGAGGAUGGCGAGAAGGCUGAGGAGAAGAAGGAGAGUUCAUAG